AUGGGGUCAGGGUCGCGCUAUCCCCCCGUCAGGCCUCAGUACGACCUCGUCACGCACGCGAGGCUCCCGCAGUACAAGUACUCGCCCGACGCUCCCGAGAAGCUCGCGGGAGGGGGGCAGACGAUCGUGCCGUUGGCGGACAGCGGCAUCAAAGCGCUGGGGGGCUGUCCCAGCGUCGCGCUCCCCGAGGGAAAGACCACGAACUCGGGCACCGUGAUCCGGACGUACAAGCACCUGAACAUCCGAUCGAAACUGGAACCGCACGAGCGCUUCUCGAAGCCGGUCACGUCCUCGAUGGAGGUGGGGUGGGGGAUAACACCUAGGUGAUGGGCGACGCGCGACGAAGAGGAGCGGCGCGAGGUUGUCGUUCGUCUCGAUGUAACUGAUGUACAACACUACUAGAGAAGGGCAAAGGGAAGUUCCGCGACUCCAAAGCCGCGAAAAAGAUGAACCAGUGGGCGGGCGGAAGCCUCACGUAGAAUACGGUAACCUUGCCAUAGAAGAGCGACGUUGAUACGAACGUCAGAUGCAUAUGCU